AUGUCAACAUCAUCAGAUUUCUAGCCUCCUUCUCCAAGUCUCUCCCCUAGUUCACAAAUAAAAUGUUAUCAAGAACAAUUAGAAAAAGCUCAUUCCAUGAUUGACUACUUAGAAGUAAUGCUUGCGGAGAAGUAAGCAUUGAAGGAGAAUUUCAAUUCAUUUAAUCUGCCUAAGAGUAAAUCUCACAUGAAAAAACAGAGUUUGUGCUUAGAUCAAAUUCCUCAGUCAAUCCAAAUUCAAUAAUAUGUUACUCCCAGAGAAACUAAUCAAUCAAUGAGAUUCACAUCAGCUAAUAUGCCUAGUUACAUUUCUGAAUUGCAACAAAAACAUUAAGAGAUCCUCUCCUCUAAUAAGGAGAAAUCUACAGUCAAAAAGUUGUAGAUCCAAGAAAUCCAAGAAAAAGUAUAAGAUCUUUAAGAUGAAAUCAUAAUUUGUAAAGAAAGAUAAAAAAAUACUGAAAUAGCAAAACAUUAGGCAGAAGAUGUUCUUGAACAAAUUGAUGAUGAUAUUCUGCAUGCAAAGAUAAAAUUACAAUAAGUGAAAUCUUAGGGAGAGUAAAUAUAUGAGAGUAUGUCGAAAUUGGAAGAUCAGCAACAUGACAAAAAAUACUAUAUGGGUCGAACUUCUACGUUGAAGAGAAAGAGAAGCGAAAUCUAACCACCAAAUCAAAUCAAGAACUAAUUAAAUUAAUUAAAAAAUGAGAUUGAAUAACUCAAAUAAUCCAAAAAGGAAAAAGAAGAAUAUUAUGCUUAAAAAAUAAGGGAAAUUGAAUAACAAUUAGAUCAAAGAAAAACGAAUGAGUCGAUACCUGAAGAUUAACUCAAUGCUUCCCUGAGUCCUGACAGACAGAAAGUAAGAGUGUACAAAGGAAAGCACGCCUUGUUGCAGCUUACUCUCAAUUCUGAUUCUUGUUCCAGGUCUUACGCAUUGAGAAAGUCACAAGAGAAUAAAUUGAAUUCAGCUUUUGAUUUCAAACAAUUUGAUGAACAUGAAAAUGUUUCAAUAGACUCCUUUAAGAAUAAAGAUAAGAAGAAUAGAACAUGUGAUCCAUGCACUAUCUUUUGA